CUGUCACAAUUUCUCCGACAGUCGAACGUCUGCGAAAAGUCUCGUGGGGGAAUUGUAAAGAUAUCGUAAAAAUCGUAAUUGAAGUAUUGAACAGUCGUCGGUGGCUUUUGAUUCCGUUUGGCACACAUUCCACACUUGUCUGAUAGAAAAUGGAGUUGUCGUCAGCCAAAGUUGGUUUCAUCGGAGCCGGUAAUAUGGCACAAGCCCUCGGAAAAGGAAUGAUCUCAGCUGGUCUGUUGAAGGCCAAUCAGAUUUGGGCCAAUGCUCCAGAUGAUGGCACUCUAGAUGUCUGGAAAGCUUGGGGAUGCAAUGUUCUCAUCAAUGACAACACUUCCGUCUUUGAGACAUGUGAUAUUGUGGUGCUGGCAGUCAAGCCAAACUUGUUUCCAGUCAUUGUCAGGGAAUUGAAACAAUGCAAAGGACCAGACAAUCAAUUGGUUCUGUCAGUCAUGAGUGGAAUUACUAUUGCUGAUAUUGAAAAAGGUCUUUAUUCCAAAGUAUCCAAUUUAAAAGCCAUCAUCAGGGUCAUGCCCAAUACUCCAGCACUGGUGAGUGCCGGUUGUGCAGUGUAUUCCCUGAAUGAGCAUGCAUCUUGCAAACACGCUGAUGUGACUAUGAAGAUCUUUGAGAGUGUGGGAAUUUGCCACCAAGUACCUGAAUCUCAACUGAAUGCCUUCACAGGAUUGAGCGGGAGCGGCCCAGCCUAUGUCUAUAUGGCCAUCGAGGCCCUCUCGGACGGAGCAGUAAAAAUGGGAAUCCCUCGACCGUUGGCGACCCAAUUCGCCGCUCAAAUGGUUUAUGGAUCGGCCAAAAUGGUCCUCGAUACCAAGCGUCAUCCCGGCUCAUUGAGAGAUGACGUGUGCUCGCCUGGAGGGACGACCAUCGCUGGCGUCCAUGCCCUUGAAAAAGCCGGAUUCAGGUGCGCAUUGAUGGAUGCCGUCGAGGCGGCGACAAAACGGGCCCAGGAACAAAGCGCUCACAAAUAGAGGGGAGACCCACGGAUGAUAGCUGGAUGGCCAUCCGAUGUCGCCUCUCCGCAUCAACUCACUUUGGUUGUGAUUAUUAAACACUAAAAAAAUCAAAAAUAUUUAGAACUUUUUUAUCGGUUGAAAUGGAUAGAUAUUAAAAUAAAAGAAUAAAAAUUUCAACAACAAAA